ACCAAUUUUGAAUUCGCCGUCGCUUAACUCCGUUUAACUACAGAAGCGCUUUCGGUAAUGAUAUGUCAAAUCAAAUGAAUACUCAUUUUAUUUAAUUUAUUAGCGUAUACGUAAUAUUCAAUGGGAGGUUUAAGCAUCGCAUGACUAACGACAAUUUCUGAACGACUUUGAAAAUGUUGUGUUUUAGUCCAACCAUGUGUUAGCUAGCAAGGUGCUAACGGGAAUGCUAUCGUUUCUUACUAACGUCAAUGUAAACCGUUUACGUUACGUCAACGUGAGGCGAACGUGUGGCUCUACAACUGUAACCGGAGCAACAACAAACCGGUUUUUACCCCCACGCCUUUCGGAAGUUUAUUAAGUAAUUGCGUUAAUAUAACCGUUUGUUUGUAGUGUUGUAAUUUAAAUGUUAAAGGAAGCAAUGAAUGAAGUUGAGAAGAUUGCCCGCGAUGGGGACGGAGCACUGGACGCAGCGGGAACAAAGCUUCACUCGUCCUCCCCAGUCCAGCUUUGCCUCUCUGAUUCAGAAGAUAUUCCAGAGAAAGAGAACCUGUACUCCAAAAGAAACAAUUACCGAAAUACGCCCUUGAUUGAGUCCAGUGAUGAUGAUUUUGAUAAACUUCUUGUGGCUACACCGAAAACUAAACCCGCCUCACUAAAGCCACGUAGUGUUGCAAAGAAAGAUUGGUCAAAGGUUGUUGUGUUGAGCUCGGACGAUGACGACGGUUUCGAGACAUUUCUGCAACGAGUGAAAACCCCGACCGCCAAGCCUAAGAAUAUAUCAGAAAGUGGGAGUGAAGAUCGCCAGAAAAACUUCAUUGUGGGGGACUUCUCCUCAGAUGAUGACUUUAUUACCACCAAAUCAUCUUUUAAAGUGCCUAAGAAGCGGAAUACUCCAGCAGCACUGCAUCCGCCGAGGAGACCACUGUCUCAGUGCAACUCCCCGGUCUUUGUUAGUGACAGCGAUGACGAUGAGGAUAACGUUGUGGUCAAGAGCACUUGGAGGACUCGCCAUUUCAAAGCUAAAACCCCGGCAAAGUUUACCAAGGAGAGCGCUCCGCAGUGCGAGGAACGGGACGGCUUGCCAUCGCUGCCGUUCCGCUCUGUCUGUUCUCCUUGUUCUUUUCUUCCCCACAAAACUACAACGCCACCGGCCUCCCCAAAGCGCACUCUUUCUGCCCCUUCCAAGCUGAAGGAAUCGGACAGUUCCGAGGAGGAGUUCACAUCCCUCCUGGAGAGACUGAAAAAUAAAAACAAGCUGACCGGCACCACAUUCUCACCUAAGAGCGCCUUUGUUCCUUCCGUAAAGGCACCUGUAACAUCGGCCCCUAAAUCAAUUCGGGAAACGCCCCUGACUGUGAAGACACCCGGAAAAUCCACCGCCCCGAAGCCCACAGUCAGUCAGACCGAGCCCAGACACGGCCCCACCAGCAGGCUGCCCCUGUGUAAGACCCCCGGGUGCUUCUUGCAGUCACUAACAAACCCUGGCUCCAGCUAUGGCCGCAAUUUCAAGCAGAACAAAGAAGAACUCACCAGUAGAUUGUUCCAGCUCUACAACGCCAGUGUGUUUGACAGUAAGUUCCCCGCCAACAUGUCAGUGACUUGGAAUAAGAAGAUGAGGAAAACAGCCGGUUACUGUGUCACGGGUCAGGAGCGAGCCGGGGGGAACCGCUACGCCCGCAUUGAGCUGUCAGAGAAAGUCUGUGAUUCUGCAGACCGCCUCAGGGACACCCUGAUUCACGAGAUGUGCCACGCUGCUACCUGGCUGAUUAACGGCGUCCGGGACGGCCACGGAAACUUCUGGAAGCUGUACGCUCGCAAGUCCACCCUGGCGCAUCCCGAGCUGCCCGUGGUCACCCGCUGCCACAGCUACGACAUCAAAUACAAAUUCCAGUACCAGUGCUCCCGCUGCCAGAAUACGAUCGGCCGUCACUCCAAGUCGCUGGACACGCAGAAGUUUGUUUGUGCGCUCUGCAAAGGGCCUCUGGUCUUACUGACGUCUGGCAAGCCGCGUGCUCCCACACCUUUUGCCAGCUUUGUCAAAGAGAAUUAUGGGAACGUACGACAAGAGCUGUGCGGACGGAGCCACGGGGACGUGAUGCGGAAACUUAGUGCAGACUUUGCCUCUAAGACUAAACUAAGUCAAAGCUGAGAGGAGGAUACUCUCGGGAUUUGCAGGUGUUUCCGAACCUGUUGAAAUUUUGAAAUCUUGUCAACCAAUGUUGGAUUAGUCUCUUACUCUUUUAGUAUUUCUGUCAUCGUCACUAGAUGGACUAGACUGGAUCUACAAGUUCUGAGGAAAUUUGAGCCUAAAUAUUAAGUUCACUUUACUGGGUGUGUGUGUAUAUCUGAAGAUAAAGCCGCGUCGGAGGAUGACGUUCAUCGCUGGUAUCUGAUAUAUCCUGGAAUGGUGGUUGGCAUUGUACUGAAUGCGAUGAUUUUAUUCCUUUUUAUUAACCUGUUUCCUCUUCUGAUAGAAACUCUGUAAAUAAAGUUUAAAUGUGUCUCCGUACAUGAAA